GGGAGUAGUGAUCUAUGAAAUAAUAAAUAAAGGUAAGAGUAUGGUACUGUUAUCAAAAGUAGUUAAGUCUUGUCGAAUAUAUCCGCCCUAUCUGACCAUACGGGAGAUAAGCGCAACUGUAUCUGGUUUCCGCAAGUAUAAAACUGACACGGCUAACGCAGAAGUGAGUCGACAGUCUCAAGUUUGUGAUAACUGUAAGAAACCUCGGUACUCCUCAAGAGAGCCUUCAUUACGAAGAAUGAAAUUUAACUACCCAAUUGCAAGAAGAGAUGAAAGUGUAACAGAAGAAUACCACGGAAUAGAGAUAAGUGAUCCUUACCGAUGGCUUGAGGAUCCAGAUUCAUCUGAAACAGCUAAAUUUGUUGAUGAACAAAAUGCUGUUACAAGACCCUAUCUUGAUAGUUGCCCAGUGAGAUCAGACAUAAACUCAAGACUUACAGAACUAUGGAACUAUCCAAAGUACUCGUGCCCAUAUAGACAUGGAGAGAGAUAUUUCUUCUAUAUGAAUACUGGACUGCAGAAUCAGAGUGUACUGUAUGUUCAAGAUUCAUUACACGCAGAACCUAGAGUGUUUUUAGACCCCAACACAUUGUCAGAAGAUGGAACAGUUGCGCUAUCUCGAACACGAUUUUCUGAAGAUGGAGAAACAUUAGCAUAUGGACUUAGUAGGAGUGGUUCUGACUGGAUUACAAUACAUUUCAAAGAUGUCAAAAGUGGCAAUGAAUACCCUGAAGUGUUAGAGAAAGUUAAGUUCUCACCAAUGACUUGGACUCAUGAUAACAAAGGAAUAUUUUAUGGUCGAUAUCCGGACCAAGAGGGAAAAACUGAUGGUUCAGAAACAGUUAGCAACCAACAUCAGAAGCUCUAUUACCACCUCAUUGGAACUCCUCAGUCAGAAGAUGUGCUUGUAGUAGAAUUUCCUGAUGAACCAUUGUGGAGAAUUGGAGCUGAAGUGAGUGAUUGUGGGCAGUGGUUGAUUAUUACACCUCAGAAGGAUUGCAGAGAUAAUUUGUUAUUUUUCUGUGACCUCAACAUUUUGCCCAAUGGAAAAAUAUCCGGAAAGCUUCCACUGACCCAAGUUGUACAUAAAUUUGAAGCAGAUUAUGAGUAUGUUACAAAUGAAGGGCCAGAAUGUAUUUUCCGCACCAAUAAGGAUGCUCCAAAUUACCGUCUUGUGAAAAUAAAUUUCCUGGAUCCAGUGCAAGAGAAAUGGACAACACUGAUAAAGGAGCAUUCUAAAGAUGUUUUGGACUGGGCUAGUCCUGUAAAUCAAGACAAAUUAGCUGUUUGUUACAUCCAUGAUGUUAAGAGUGUACUACAAUUGCACGAUUUAAAGGAUGGUAGUUUGCUGAAAACAUUUCCCCUUGAUGUGGGCACUGUUACGGGUUAUUCAGGAAAGAAGAAACAUUCAGAGAUGUUUUACCAGUUUACGUCGUUUCUAACCCCUGGAAUUAUAUAUCAUUGUGAUCUCACAAAGGAGGAACUAGAACCAUCUGUCUUUAGAGAGAUAAAAUUCCAAGGAUUUGAUCCCAGUCCAUAUGAAACUAAACAAGUAUUUUUUUCAAGCAAAGAUGGCACACAAGUUCCAAUGUUCAUUGUCCAUAAAAAGGGUCUAGUGCAAGAUGGAAGCAAUCCAUGUCUGCUAUAUGGUUAUGGAGGUUUUAAUGUCAGCAUUCAACCGACAUUUAGUGUUACAAGACUGGUGUUCAUUCAGCACUUUGGGGGUAUAUUGGCUGUAGCUAAUAUUAGAGGCGGAGGAGAAUAUGGGGAAGCUUGGCACAAUGCUGGUAGACUUUUCAACAAGCAGAAUGUGUUUGAUGAUUUCCAGUGUGCUGCUGAGUAUCUUAUAAAAGAAAAAUUCACAUCAAGUAACAAACUUACAAUUCAGGGUGGUUCUAAUGGAGGACUUCUAGUAGCAGCAUGUAUAAACCAAAGACCAGAGCUUUUUGGUGCAGCUAUAGCUCAAGUUGGUGUUCUUGAUAUGCUGAGAUUUCAUAAGUUCACAAUUGGUUAUGCAUGGGUGUCAGACUAUGGAAGUUCAGAUGACCAAAAACAUUUUGAAAAUCUGCUUAAAUUUUCACCUCUUCAUAAUGUGAAAGUUCCAGAUGGAGAUGGAACACAGUAUCCAGCCACUCUAUUGUUAACUGCUGAUCACGAUGACAGAGUUGUUCCUCUCCACUCCCUGAAGUUCAUUGCAACACUACAUCAUGUUCUGCGAGAUGUGAAGAAACAGACAAACCCUCUGCUUAUACGUAUUGAAACAAAAGCAGGACAUGGAGGAGGAAAACCAACAGCCAAACUGAUAGAAGAAAGCACUGACAUCUUGUGCUUCUUGGUACAAGCACUUGGACUUGAGUUUAAAAAAUGAAGAAUCUGUGGUCCAUCAGGAGAGUAUACUACUGAAAAUGAAGACUAUUUGGAAAGUCCCAUCUGCAGAAGAUCCUUGUGUACUUAAAUGCAGAAUUAACCGCCGUCACAUCUGCCAAGGCCUAAGGAUUUUUGAGAAGCAUUUGAUUAUUGUGUGUGUGUGUGUGUGUGUGUGUGUGUGUGUCACAGAGAGAGAGAGUGUUCAAUUCUGUUUGUCAUCGUAUGUAUGUACAGUGUCGAUAUUAAUUAUAUUUGACAUGCAGAUAUGCCUCAGAAGGAAAAAAAGUUUUUGCCAUGCAUGUGAUGUAUGCUAUAUAUUGCAUUUUUUCUGUUGUAUGCUGUUUUUUUGCAGUGAAUCCCAAUGUUUGUGAAUAGUGAAUAUUGAAAAAAUGAUCACAUCACAUCACGCCAUUUAUAAUCGGGCACUAAACUUUGUGUACAGUGCUGAGUAUUACACAAUACAUAUUGUAACAGGCGUGUCAAAACUUUGAACUGUUGGCUGUGUAAUUUUAGAAGGAAAUGGAGAUUAAUAUGCUAGUAAUAAUUGUUUGUAAUGAUGCCCCUGAACAAAACAAGUGUUGCAUUUUAUGGAAUAUUUGUUAUUAAGGUGUGGUAAUUUUUAGACUGUGGACUUAUUUUUGGCACGUCUUUGAGAGAAAUGCGUUGAGCUGAAGAUACCAAAGGUGUAAAAUUUAAAUUACCUGUAAGGCUUUGUGCACUAGUGCUUGAUAACUUCUAAAAGUACAAAUUAAUGGAGGCUAGGAGGCAGUUAUGAACAGUAAAAUGAUAUUAUGUGAUGCAUUGUUGUUUAUGUAAUCCAUUGCUUUACAAUAUCAAAGCAAUUAAAUACGUUACUUUUUCCUAACUUUGCAAGAUCUCACAUUAUUUUGCUAUAAUUAGCUACUGUAUUUCAAAAUCUGUAUUUGUCCAGAGUUCAGUAUUUAAAAUUUAUAUACAUUAUUUGCUCAAUGGCAGUGGUUUUACUGUCAGUCACAUAUUAUUUAUAACAGUGACAAAAUGGUACCACUCCCACUCAGCUGUUUGGUGGAUUUAAAAGUGAUUGCCACAAAAUAUUAGCUCUUAUCUUAAGCUUAACUUUCACCUAGAUCUGAUGUAUAUACAAUAUCACUAAAAAGCUGCUGUACUUCAAGAAAAAAGUAAGCCCUGUGUGUCAUAGUGUGAUGUGUUAGAUGAAUUUGACAUUAAACUGUCUGUUGGAUCACUAUAAAUAAUCAUGGCAUGUAACAUGUGUGCCAUGAGAGGGAUGUAUUUGUAGUAGUCCACAGGUUUGUUGUUUCCUGUUAGGAAUGAAUUUCUUUACACUAGUAAGGAAAUGUGAGAGACAAAAUUUGUUAAAUUAUUCAUUUGUUAGGUAUAGUAUGUGAUAUCUGUAUUCCUAUAUUACAGUGUCACAAAUGUUUGCUUAAAAUAGUAUGCGACCUUAAAUUGUUGGAUAUGGGCACAAAAGUAACAAAUGUGUAUUUGGUGUGCUUUGUUUUGGUCUCAGUGUAAUUUGCUGUUGCCUUUUUCUUUUGAAAAGUUUGACUAGUAGGAAAACAGUGGUUAUCUGUGUUUUAUUAUUCAUAUGGGUCAAUCCUGGGUGAUGUACAAGAAGUGGAAUGUAUCAGAAUAACCACCCACAGGCACAAUGUGGUGGGGGCACUGAGUGAUGGGUAGGCACAUCAAGAACUGAAAUAUGAUGUUUCAGCUUAAAAGCUUCCAUUCUUCUUCAGGGUUUAAUAUGUGUGUAUUGUUGAUAUAUUUUUUGAUUGAUGUAACUCGAUCUACAGUUCUCAUUAAUGGUGGGCUGAACUCCAUUGGUAACAAGAGCACAUUUACCUGAGUAAUACUGCCUUUCAAAUGAAAAUGUGAAAGUUAGUACUGAAAAUUCAGUUUCUUUUAAUAUAUUUGGAAUACCUUCACUACAAAACCAGACUAAAACAAGAAUGAUCACAAAUUGCACUGGUUUACUAUCUGCAGAGUAGAAAUUACAAAAUUGUUUCCCUCAUCAACAGCUAAGAACGAAUUAAAGAAAAGUGGAAGGGAGUUCACAAGCAAACAUGGGUGAGGGACACAACAUCUAGAUAAGAUUAUUUUCAUUGUAUAAUGUAGUCACUUGAGAGAGAGAGAGAGAGAGAGAGAGAGAGAGAGAGAGAGAGAGAGAGAGAGAGAACGCAAGCGAGCUAAUUACUGCACGACUUCAUAUUCUCACUGUCGGAACUUAUUUGGUUGUCUGUCUGUAGGUGAUAUACUGUAAUUCGCUGUUCUGUAUGAAGAGUCUUAGUGGAUAGUUCAGACAGUGAAGAAGUUUUCCAUACCAAGUUUUUCCAGCUUAAAUUUACUCAUUUAAGAUAUCUGUAAAUUAAAUUUCCUUUUACUGGACAUUUUCUCGUAGACAAUAAAUUAAAAUUUUUUUUAAACAGGGUGUAGUAUCUGAUGGAAGCUUCCUAUGUUUUGCUUCAAAAUAUGAAGUAACAAAAGUAAUAGACAGUUUCUCUACACUAUUUCUUUUCAUAUGUCCAUUGCAUGGCAGCUUACUCUUUACGAUCUGAUUCUUCAUCCUUAAUUCAUUUUUCAUUACAUAUCUAAUAGUUUUUGUGUGAUAUCUAACACGGUUAGAGAUACAGACAUGAAGUUAUUUAAAUCAGUGCUCUGAAGGUGGAAACUGUAAUGUGUAGUAUGUGCUGUUAUAUUUAGGCAGAGAUAUUUUAAGAUUCAGAAGUUUUUCUCUGAUUUUUUUAAACUAGUCGUAUUGCCUGUAAAAUCCGUGUUUACAAAAUUAUAAUGCUUAUAAUGGGUGAUAAUCGAGAAAGUGGCUUAUAAAUUUUGUAUAUAUCAAGUUUAACAAGAUACAUAUGGAUUAUCAAGUGCAUGUGUCAUAGUUAAGAACUUUGCUGUGACAGUUUUAUGUUAAUAUACAUAUAUAUUUUUGGAUAUAUUUGUUGUUUCAGUACAGGUAAGAUGCAGUUUCAAGCAUGUUAAGAGGCAACUGAACAGGUGCAGUAUGCAUCUGUCAGAAAUCUGUAACAUACUACUCAAAAAUAACUUUAAUGCCAGUUACUCAUAUCAUUGUUAGCUGUUACUAAUGUUUUUGUAUGUGGUGAUUGUGUUGUCACAGUGAAAUGUUCCACUGAACUCAUAAUUGCUAAUUUUAAGAUAUAGUAAUAAAUCAUUGGUAGGUGAAGCAUUAACACUACAGUUUACAAAAUAAUCUAAACUAUUUAGUGUAUUAAGUCUUUUUGUUUUACUGUAUAUGUACAUGAGACUCCAGUUGGAGAUUGUGCAAGAACUUGUUAGUAUAUUUUUACUUGUGCCAGUGCUACUGGUAUGGUUAUUGUGCCAGAAUUUCUACAGUCCUGUCAAUUUGUUAACUAUUGAAUCCCUUCAUACUGGCGUACUUGUAGAGCUAAUGCGAAUUUAAUCAGCCCCUAAUGUUGCUGUAACGACAGGGUGACGGUUAUUGAACUACAUGAAAAAGAAAAAAGAAAAAACACCAUAAAUUAGUUACAAACUACAGUGUGUACUCACUUUAUUCAACAUGUAAACAUCACUACAGAUAUUUGGCUCUAGUUAUGAUUUCUUGGAUUUGCUGCCAUCAUUGGCGAUGUGGCGCAGACAAAUAGUGAAAUUCUGCAAGAACUGCUAAAGUGUGGAACAUCAGUAACCUCCUGAGUGGCAGUUUUCAGCUCAGCAGUGGUUUUGGGGUUGUUCUACAACUUGUCUACUAUGUAGCUCCACAAAAAGGAGACCAUGUUCAGAUCAAGAGAAUAUGGUGGUCAAUAAAGGCCAAUGCCAGUGGCCUCUGGGUACCCUACAGCCAGAAUGCAGUCCCCGAAGUUCUCCUCCGGGACAUUAAACACACACCUUCUAUGAUGGCAUUGAGCUCAGUCUUGUAUGAACCACAUCAUGUCUAAAUUAGGAUUACUUUGGAUAAUGGGCAUGAAAUAAUCUUCCAGAAUCUUCACAUACCGCUCAGUAGUCACUGUGCCAUCAAGGAAUAUCGCACCAGUUAUUCCGUGAAUGGGCAUUGCACACCAGUCAUCUAUUGAGAAUGAAGAGACUUCUUGAUAGUGAAAUGCGGAUUCUCUGUCCUGCAGAUGCACCAAUUUUAUUGACGAGCCCAUCUAAAUGAAAGUGGACUUAGUCACUAAAUCAAAGAUACCAAUUCACAUCGUGUCCCACUUUUUGAAUGUCCUAAUACAAACCAUUCAGAAAUUAUGAUUAUUUUUAUGUAAUAUAUUUCGAUAACUGUCACCCUGUAUAAUCAUUUACCACCAGAAUACACAAAGCUCUGUCCUUACAUUCACUCUCGUAGUUAUGUGCUAGUAUUUUGUCAGUUGUACUUCAGUUUUCUUCAUGUGCUUCUCUCUAUUUCUUUUACUUACUACUAUGUCUUAUUGAGUGAAUCAGUUUGUGGUGAUUUGUGGUCAUUUACAAUCUUCUUCAGCCAUCUCUCUACUCCCCCCCCCCCCUCCCCCCACCCCACCCCACCCCACCCCAGUUCUGCAACAGUAUGCUGCCUCUGUAAAACUUAAUUUUCUCAUGUUUACAGAUAAAUUCUGUGUCCUUUUAUCACAACACCAAUCUUCUACAUGGCAGUCAUAUCAUUCAUCUACUUGCUGUAUUUAUUAUAGAUGUGUCAAACUUUGUCACCCAUGUAACGUAUGCAGUUGCAGAGACAAAUAUAUGCAUAAUUUCUUCUGUGUUGCUUCAGAUGACAGUCAGUAAUUUACUUGUACAAGCAGCCAUUAAUAAUAACCAUGCAGAUCUGAAACCACCGGCAUCAGGCCAUUGACACUAGUAUUACAUGGAUGUUCCAUGAGGACUAGUCAUUUUCAUUCAUAAUGUUGACAAUAAGUAUAUUAAUCAGAACUUUUCAUUUCCACAUUUGGUGCUGUUAUCGCUAAUUUUUGCUUAAGUGAAUGUUAUAUGGAUUGCUCUUACGUGAUGGUUUGCUAGCCAUGUGUGCAAUACUCUAAUUUAUUUGGCAUAUCUGCAUUGGUACGUGGUACAAGUAUUUGCAGUGGAAAAGUAACUAAAUAAUGGAAAAAAAAUGUUAUGGGCACCACCAUUCAUAAAUUCUGAUGUUACAUGGAUUACACACAGUUACAGAAUUCUUAUUCUGCAUUUAGUGACAAAAUUUGUCAUUUCACAUUCCACGACAUUGUCUGAACUGCUUGGCCUCUCUCCCAGUUACCAUUUCAGAGUUCACAACACCUAUAUUUUAAUCAGAUUUAUAUAACUUUCAUGUUUAGUGUGUUAGAUUGAUAAAUUUAUCAGCAAAAAAUUAAAUGCCAUCAAGUUCAGAACAUUUUCUUCCCAGAUGCAAUUUAUGGGACAAAGAAGCUAAAUGAAAUGCUUUUUUAUUUGUUAAUUUAUUGUGGGUGUGCUAUGUUUCUUUGUAAUUGAAGCAUGCAACGUGUGAAUUUUUUGAAACUGAAGAAUACCUCAGGUCUGUCGCAUGUAUAAAUGGUAACAUUUUAAAAGUGCUUUAAAGAACUGUUAUGUACUUAAUGAAAUAAACACACAAUCUGUAAAC